AUGGCUUUCCUCAUCUUGCUGUUCCUGCUGCCAAGUCCCUUAGACUCGCAGGCCAGCUGUGGUAUCUCCAAAGUGACCAGCCAGCUGGAAGUCAACUGUGAAAACCAGAAGCUGACAGCACUUCCCACAGACCUGCCAGUAGACACAGGCAUCCUCCACCUGAGCAAGAACUACUUGGUUACUUUCUCUACAGCAUCCCUGGUGCGUUUCCCUCGCCUGACUCAGCUGUACCUGGAUGAAUGUGAGCUGACCAGCCUGCAGACUCCAGAGCCACUGCCACUGCUAGAGACCCUGGAUUUAUCCCACAAUAAGUUGAAAAGUCUGCCCUCCCUAGGACGGGCACUACCUGCACUCACCACCCUGGAUAUCUCCUUCAACCAGUUGACCUCACUGGCUCCUGGUGCCCUGGAAGGCCUGAGCCAACUCCAUGAGCUCUAUCUGCAAAAUAAUAAUCUGAUGAUGCUGCCCCCCAGGCUCCUGAUGCCCACACCCAGGCUAAGGAAGCUCAAUCUGGCGAGCAACAAGUUGGGUGAGCUGCCCCCUGGGCUCCUGGAAGGGCUGGAUGAACUUGAUACUCUCUACCUUCAAGGGAAUCAGUUACGUACAAUACCAAAGGGCUUCUUUGGGGACCUCCUCUUGCCUUUUGCUUUUCUCCAUGGCAACACCUGGCAUUGUGAUUGUGAGAUCCUCUACUUUCAUCGCUGGCUCCAGGACAAUUCCAACAAUGUCUACUUAUGGAAGGAGGGUGUAGAUGUCAAGGCCAUGACCCCUAAUGUGGCCAGUGUACGAUGCAUCAAUUUGGGAAAUGUACCUGUCUACACCUACCCAGGGAAAGGCUGCCCUACCCAUGGUGAUGGGGAUGACAUAGACUAUGAUGACUAUGAUGAUGUCCCUGAGCGUGAUACAGUACAUACUACAAGGACUGUGGUCAAGUUCUCUACUAACACUAAAGCCCAUAUGACCCACUGGGGCCUACUCUACUCAGAGUCUUCUGCUUCUCUAGACAGCCAAAUGCCUUCUUUGCCUCCAACCCAAGAACCCACUAAAAAUCAAUCCACAUCUCCACAUAGACAGAUCCCAGAGCUUACCACAUUCCCGGAGACCAUGGAACUCAUCACAUCCUCCUAUGGUCUAAAGGUCAGUACUAAACCUACCAUUGCCCUGACCACUCCCCCAACCACCCCAGAGCCCACCACCAACCCCCUAACCACCCCAGAGCCCUCCACCACCACCCCAACUGUCCCAGAACCCACCACUACCACCCCAAUCACCCCAGAGCCCACCACCACCACCCCAAUCACUCUAGAAACCACCACCACCACCCCAAUCACUCUAGAGCCCACCAACAACUCAACCACUCCAGAGCCCACCACCACCACCCCAACCACCCCAGAGCCCACCACCACCACCCUAACAAUCCCAGAGCCCACCACCACGUCAGAGCCCACCUCAAUUAAAACCACUUUGGAACUAUUUUUUACCACAGAACUCACUUUACUCCCUACUAUCACAACAAUCAUCCCUGAGUUUAACAGCUUCCUAACGGUUUCAGAGGUGGUUCAAGGAAACUUUGAUAGCUCAAAAAGUGACCCUUUCCUCAACUCCGACUUUUGCUGCCCCCUUUCUCUGGGCUUCUAUAUCUUGGGUCUCCUCUGGCUCCUCUUUGCCUCUGUGGUGCUCAUCCUGCUGCUGAGCUGGAUCUGGCACGUGAAACCACAUGCUCUGGACUCCGGCUGGUCUGCUGCUGUGGCCACACGCACACAAACCACACAUCUGGAGGUGCAGAGGGCAAAGCAAGUAACUGUGCCCCGAGCCUGGCUGCUCUUCCUUCAAGGGUCACUCCCCACUUUCCGUUCUAGCCUUUUUCUGUGGGUACGGCCUAAUGGCCGUGUCAGGCCUCUGGUAGCAGGGCGGCGGCCUUCAACCCUGAGUCAGGGACGUGGUCAGGACCUGUUGGGCACAGUGGGCAUUAGGUACUCUGGCCACAGCCUCUGAAGGUGAGUCCUUUGGAGACCUUGAGAAAAGUUUCAACAUACUCUACUGGGAUCUAGCUGGGGGUGGGAGAACCGCACAGUGUCACAGGGAUGUCUUAAUCACUUUUCCUCGGUCUGAAGCCUCCUCCCUCUUCACAUCCAGGUACACAACCCCAGACCUCACAAAUCAGGAGGGGUAGUGAGAUGAUAGAAUUGGGAGGGUCACAGAGCCAAGCGCCCUAAGUUGCUGAGAGCAUUGUCAGGCCACAUGGUUACUGCUAUCACUUUGGGGAAAGAAGAGAGAGAGAAAGCAAAUGGAAUAGUCUAUGGUUUCCAUGCAGUCAUAGAGAAGAAAAUCUGGAAAGUAAUUGAUCAAGAUGGGAGCACUGUCUCUGGGUUGUCAGAUCUUUUUCUGUUUAGCACCUUCUAGUUUUCUAUCAGUGUAUUCCAUUUGUAUAAUAAAAAUAUUUCUAAAAGGAAAAUGUAGCUUUCUUUUGGAACAGGAAAGAGUGGCUAGAACACCUGUUACAAGAAUUCCAAGGUCUCAGCUGCCCCCACCCUGAUCCCAAAUGCCUAGCAAACUGCUAGUCAUAGCUGAGGGUGGGAGGGUAAGGCACAGAGGUCA